GAAAUUCGGGAAACUACGGUGUAGCUAGGUGUAAUUUGUCGGUAUAUUGUGAAAUUUAAGCUUGUGAUUUGCAUACCAAAUUGGCUGCUUUUAAUACCAAAUUGGCAGACAUGAGGUGAAUUUUGAUAAGAAUCUGUUAGACUGUGGUUGGAAUGGAGGUGUUUGAAACUAAUCUGCAGCGGUACUAUAGAAAUAAGCUGUAUGUGCAUAAGAUCAACAAGAAUAUAUUCAAACUUUAUAUUAUGGGUCCAGCAGGGAGGCUUUAAACGUUGGAUUUCAAACUCUGUAUUCAGGGUCCAGUGCAUAGGCAGCAACGCUAGAUUUCAACCUCUACAUAGAGGCAGAUUCAGAAGCUCCUACUAAUGUUAUUUGUUGUGAACAAACCACUCUUAAAGCGAGAAGAUUCUAUUCCAUUUUGUUUCUCAGAUUAUGUUUAGGAUCUGUUUCUAUGGUCAGCAAACCGCAGAUUGAAUAUGUGCAGUAAAAUGUCAGGGGGUGGUACACAACAGAGCUUGAGGAAGGCUUUGGGUGCAUUGAAAGACACAACCAAGGUUGGACUUGCCAAAGUGAACAGUGAGUACAAGGAUCUGGAUAUUGCUAUUGUUAAGGCUACAAAUCAUGUGGAGCGGCCAGCAAAAGAAAAACAUAUCCAAAUUAUUUUUGCUGCAACCUCAGCUGCAAGACCUCGGGCAGAUGUAGCUUAUUGCAUUCAUGCUCUUGCAAGACGUCUUGCCAAGACACACAACUGGGCGGUUGCAUUGAAAACCUUAAUUGUUAUUCAUCGUGCUUUGAGAGAGGUUGAUCCCACAUUUCGGGAGGAACUGAUCAAUUAUAGCAGGUCCAGGGGUCACAUGCUUAAUUUAUCCCACUUCAAGGAUGAUUCUAGUCCAAAUGCUUGGGACUAUUCGGCUUGGGUGCGUGCUUAUGCAUUGUUUCUUGAAGAGCGAUUGGAAUGCUAUCGUGUACUCAAAUAUGAUAUUGAAACAGAGCGCUUGAGAACCCGGGAGCUUGACACUGUUGAUUUACUAGAACAGUUGCCAGCGUUGCAGCAAUUUCUUUUCCGCCUAAUAGGAUGCCAACCAGAAGGGGCAGCUAUUUCCAAUUAUGUGAUCCAGUAUGCUGUGUCAUUGGUUUCAAGAGAAAGUAUUAAGCUUUACAAUGCAAUUAAUGAUGGGACGAUCAACCUUGUCGACAAGUUCUUUGAAAUGCAACGUAAUGAUGCUCUUAAAGCUCUGGAGAUAUACAGGCGAGCUGGAAAACAGACUGAGAGACUGUCAGAAUUUUAUGAAGUUUGCAAAGGCGUUGACCUUGGACGUGGGCCAAAAUUUCCUCCCCUUGAACAGCCUCCGGCAUCAUUCAUUAAUGCAAUGGAAGAGUAUGUUAGAGAUGCACCAAGAGCUUCUUCAGCUCGUAGGGAGCUGAAAACUGAAUCCAUUCCAAAGGUUUUAGCUCUGGAGUACAAGAAAAAGUCAGAACCUGAGGAUGACAUAUCACCAUCACCAUCACCACCUCCCCCCCCUCCAUCUGAACCUGUUAAGGAGGAGGCUGCACCUGUACAGCAUGCAACACCUGACCUUUUGGGCUUGGAUGAUAUUAGUCCUGAUCCUUCAGCACUUGAGGAAAGGAAUGCACUAGCCCUUGCUAUCGUUCCUGCUACAGACACUGCUUCGAAUGGAAAUUUAAAUAAUGCUUUAGAUUUGUCAAAUGGGGCCACUGGUUGGGAAUUAGCUCUGGUUACCACUUCAACUUCUAGUUCGAGUGUCCAAGUAGAAAGUAAACUGGCUGGUGGACUUGAUAAGCUUACACUGGAUAGUCUAUACGAUGAUGCAAUGAGAAGACAAACAAAUCCAUCUAGUAACUACCAUAUGGGUCAAGUGGCACCAAAUCCCUUUGAGGCUACUCCAAUGUUGCAACCAGGUCAAGAUCCCUUCUAUGCUUCAAAUAAAAUAGCUCCUCCAUCAGCCGUACAAAUGGCCUCUAUGGCAUAUCAACAACAAGCUUUUUUGGCACAGCAGCAAAUGAUGGGGCAACAAGUUGCUCCCAACCCUUUUGGCAAUCCAUAUCAAACUACACAUCCUUAUGCUGCUGGUCCUCCGUAUCAGGCCCAAAAUCCAUAUGGGAAUGCAGGUUACAUGAUGUAGGUGUAUUAGUAACUUGAUUCUUUGAAGAAUAAAGACUGUUGGAUCACAAAUGUUACAUAUUGUUGCCAUUUGGAUCAUUGGACAGUUUUUUUUCGCUUUGUCGUAUAUCGACCUUGAUUAUGUAAGCAUAUGUCAAUUUGUAGUCUGUCAUUGUUUCAUUCAGCAUCCUUCAUAAUUUUUAGUCAUGGUUGGAGAGGGAAUGAGUUUGGGAGAAGUAAGAUUUGUUUUGUGACUAGUGAGUCAUUGUGCAGUGAUUACUGCUGAAUUUAUUUAAGAAAUGUAUCAUAUUCCAGUUAGUGUAGUAUGCUUUUAUAGUAAAAUAUGAGAUUGCUAUCGAGAGAUUUAGAACUUGAGAUCUGUAUUAAAUGUCUUCUGUAACGGUUCAUCAUAUUAGAGACAAUCAGAACUCAAGCCUUUGUACGAAUUCCUCCUUUUGGGGUAAUAUUAGCUGAAGCAAAUUCAAUGCUUUGUCUCAA